UCCCAAAAUAUAGACCCAACUACUAUAUAUUUAUGUAAAUAAUUUCGCCCCAAAAAUCAAACCCGUCACCAAUUCAGUUACAAGUUCAACACUGUUUAAUACCCUCUCAUCCAAAUCUUCAAAAAUAUCAUAGAAGGGUAAAGACACAUUCACAAAACUCAUGGCACUUUCUACUAACUCAAAAAUAUCUCAACUCCUCUUCCUUUUACCGCUUCUACUAGGUAAUGUAGCUUUGGGGACAGUGUUUACAAUAGAAAACCAUUGCAACAACACAAUCUGGCCGGGAACACUUUCCGGCAAUGGCGCUGCUCUCCUCGGCGACGGAGGAUUUUCCCUGCCGCCGGGAUCAUCUGUUCAGCUCACCGCUGCGUCGGGAUGGUCAGGACGAUUCUGGGGUCGAACCGGCUGCAACUUCGACGGUGCCGGUAACGGGAAUUGCAUCACCGGAGACUGCGCCGGAGGAAUGAAUUGCAACGGGGGAGGUACCCCGCCGGUGACGUUGGCGGAGUUUACGAUCGGAAGCGGAAACGAAGACAAAGAUUUCUAUGAUGUGAGUUUGGUGGACGGUUACAAUGUUGGGAUGGGGAUAAGGGCAACCGGAGGAACCGGUGAUUGUCAGUAUGCGGGGUGUGUUGCGGAUUUGAAUGGUAACUGUCCGGCGGAAUUGCAGGUAACGGAGGAAGGGGGUUCGGUGGUGGCGUGUAAGAGUGCGUGUGCGGCGUUUAAUACGGCGGAGUUUUGCUGCACCGGCGAACAUUCGAGUCCGCAGAGUUGUAGUCCGACGAAGUAUUCGGAGAUGUUUAAGAGUGCGUGUCCUUCUGCGUACAGUUAUGCUUACGAUGACGCUUCAAGCACUUGCACAUGUUCUGGUUCCGAUUAUCAUAUCACUUUUUGUCCAACUGCUUCAUCCUAGUCACCGGAUUCAUGGUUUCGUUUCAUUUGCUUUUUUUUCUUUUUUUUUCAUUAUCAUUUAUUAUAUGGUUGGUGAUUUUUUAAUAGUGGUUUGCUUGUUACUUGUGCAUGUAAAUAAUUUAUGAUAGAAGUAACUGAGUGAAUAAUUUGUUAGUGCUUGCUUGCACUAUGUUAAUGUGUUAUCAGUUUUGUGAUUGCUCCCGAUAA